GUGACUAAUAUAAGGAAGGAAAGUGUUGUUGAUCGAAGUAUGCUUCAGACAAAAUAUCAAGUUUUUAAAUCUAAAUAUGAAUAAAAUAAAAUGAAAAAAAUACGAUCUAAACUUUUUAACGGUGUCUGAAGAAGUCAUUUUUGUUAUUAUUAAACAAUUAAGGUUAUAUCAGCUUCAAUAUGUCUGAUGCAUGGGAAGAAAUACAAGCCGUGAAGAGUAAACGGAAUAGUUUACGUGAAAAACUCGAAAAACGCAAAAAAGAGCGGCAAAUAAUACUUGGUGCCAAUUUAACAGUGCCUGAAAAGGCUGAGGGGUCACCGAAGGAACGUUCUGUUUCUAGCCCUGCACCACCAAAAGUUGACCCACCACCAAUAGAAAAAUCAAGAUUGCCUGUGCCAUCAGCUUCCUUGGAAGUGCGUCUUUUACAAGUGCUAUCUGACAUGCAGCUGCAGCUUCCUGCAACAGCUAGUGCCCUUUUACCUGGUCUAGGGGAUGUUGAUGCGGGCAUUGUAGCAAAUCUCCUUGAAAAAUUUGCUACACAAAAAUUAAUAACUAUACAGGAAAGAACAGAAAGUACCACAGAUGGUGGUAUUGAAGUUGUUAGUGCGGAGUCAGUGAGACUUGCCGCUGUGCUUGCUGCGCUGAUGGAGGAACAGUCAGUGGACUGUUCCAGCAAGAGAAAAGGUGACAAAAUUACAGCCGAAAGCUCACAUCCGAAAAUAUCUAAAGCAACAACUGAUGAAAAGAAAACAGCUAAGAGUGAUACAGACAUCAUGUCUUUACUGGCCAUGCCGUCCAGUAGAGAGAAAGCAGUGAAGAGAGUAGGUGAGGAAAUUAUGGAUCUACUGAGCAAACCAACUGCAAAGGAGAAAUCAUUGGCUGAUAAGUUCAAAAGUCAAGGAGGUGCUCAAGUGAUGGAAUUCUGUCCGCACGGUACUCGUGCAGAAUGUAUGAGAGCGUUCACUGCACAGAAGGAGACCGGCAGUACCGGCUAUGUAUGUAAGAAACUACACUUCAAGAAGAUCAUACAGAGUCACACGGACGAAUCGCUAGGGGAUUGCUCUUUCUUAAACACGUGCUUCCAUAUGGAUAGUUGCAAAUACGUUCACUACGAAGUGGAUAACACGGACCCAAAUGUAAACCCCAGCAAAUCAACAGAUUCAUCAAUGAAGACUUCUCAAAAUGGUACAAGCGUUGUGACGAAACCCGACGGAGUGUUGACCUUAACACCGCCCCAGUGGAUUCAGUGCGACUUGCGAUAUUUAGACAUGACAUUCUUAGGUAAGUUCGCUGUGAUAAUGGCCGAUCCUCCGUGGGACAUUCACAUGGAAUUGCCAUACGGCACCAUGUCGGACGACGAGAUGAGGUGUCUCGGCAUCCCGCAGCUCCAGGACAGCGGGCUGAUAUUCCUUUGGGUCACUGGCAGGGCGAUGGAGUUGGGUAGGGAGUGUCUGAAGCUUUGGGGCUACGAACGAGUGGACGAACUGAUCUGGGUGAAGACGAACCAGCUCCAACGGAUCAUACGAACCGGACGGACCGGACACUGGCUCAAUCACGGCAAAGAACAUUGUCUGGUCGGCAUGAAAGGUAAUCCCGAGAACUUGAACCGUGGCUUGGACUGCGACGUGAUCGUGGCCGAAGUUCGCGCCACCUCGCACAAACCAGACGAGAUAUACGGCAUCAUAGAGAGGCUAAGCCCUGGGACGAGAAAAAUUGAGCUGUUCGGUAGACCACACAACGUGCAACCUAAUUGGGAAGGCCUGCGUAUUUGGGACAUUAAUAGGCUGUUGAUCAGUGGCGGACCAAAAAGGCGGGCUGAGGGGUGGUCCGCCCCGGGACUCCUGUCCCGGGGGGCUUCUAAAUGGCUUCCCUUGGAUAACUUUGGGGAAUCAAGUGGACGGCGUCCGGUUAGUGGAUCCAGAGUUAAUAGCCGCGUUCAAGAAGCGAUAUCCGGACGGCAACUGUAUGGCGCCACCGCCAGAUCCAGCUUUGACUUAGAACUUAACAUCAAAAUGCAUCUUCAACUUUGCAAUUGCUUCUUCUGCUCAACAAAUAUUCCUAAGAAUGAAGUUAAUGCAGAGAAAGAUUAGGAAAUCAUCAGGUACAUGGUAUACUAGUAUUAUUGGAAUAGUAGGAUGAUCUCGAGAUGGAUAUGAUUCGAUCAUCCAUGUUAUAGUACAACUUAUGUUGCUUAAUGUAGUUACCGAUAAUUGAAAAUGUGAUGAGAAAAAAGAUAGUGAUGAGAUUGAAGAUCGAUAGUGUCGAUAGUUUUUCCCAUCGAAUAAUUGACUAUCUAUUAUAAUCAGGCCGUCAAUUCUGCUUAGGUUAACGUAAUGAUUACACUUCAAUGGCGUUUCAAUUAAUUGUAUUUUUUCACUGCAUUAUCUUCCUCACAAACAUUGGCUUCUUUAGUACAAUGGCGUCUUGAAUAUAUUAUGACAGAUACUCAAAAAAGCUUCUUUUGCUCAAUUAUGUAUAUUUCUUUCUUUCUAUUGAAACGUCAUUGACACGCCAUAAUUAAGUUAACUUAAACAGAAUUGAAUCCAAGGUUGAAUUUCUUCAACAGUUAUCUCCAACAUAGAGUUUUAAAUUGAUUGCAAUAAAUUUAAUAAUUUGUAGUGUUUUGUCUUAAUUUAUAAUGAAAUCUAUGUGUUUGGCGCUGCUGCGCUUGCAAUGUAUUAGAUCUCUUGAUUUUACUUGUGUACGGACUCGCUCUGAAGAAUAUAUGUAGUAUUAUGAAGAUAAUUGGUCUUGUAUAUAUUAAUAUACAGUGUGUUUUUAUUAUACUUCGUUCACACUGGAAAUGGAUGAAAGCGCUAAUAUCGACGGGAAAAACAAGAAAAUAUGAGUCUAUUAUACAAAUCAAUAUGAUUAUAUUUAUCUGUAUAUUAAGAAAUCGAUUUUAAACAUUUCAAUCGAUAAAACAAACGCGGGAGCAGACAAAAUCGUAUUAUAAUUUUCCUACUUAUUUUUAAACUUUAAUAUAUCGAUAUUAGAGUUCAAAAUCAACUACGGAUAUUUUAUAUAUUGAGUUUUACAUAUGUUUUAUUGUUGAUAAAAAAUGUACCGAAAUAGUUUUUUUUUCGUUGAUAAAAGUGUAGUUGAGUUUCAUCCAUUUCCAUCAUAUACACACGGUGUGACAAAGAAUGCAUUCUAAAUAAUAGAUGUAAAGUUGUAUAUAUGUUAGGAUUAUAUUAUAUAAGUACAUGUAGUUUUGUAGCAUUGUUUUUUUUAUACCCGAUCAAUCCCAAUGAAAAUAAAUGAAAAAAAAAUUUUUUUUUUUUCAAUCCAAAAUGAAUUAUUGACUUGUUUGUUGAAUUGACUUGUUGAAUUAAUGAUGUUUCUAGUUUUCUGGGGGAUUAUUCUAAAACAGACUAGCCGUUUAUCGCGGAAUUCGUCAAGGUCAGUUUUACCCUUCUGCAUAAAAUAUGUAAAUUUUAGCAGGAUAUAUGACAAAACAACCAAUGUUUUUAAAGUUAGGUAUUCAUGUUAGGUAAAAAGUCAUGGUUUCAUUCAUUCAGCAGAUGUCGCUAGUGUUCUAUAUUUUAUGAUUCUAUUAUUUCUAUCGAUUUUUGUCCACAUUCUUUUAUAAUAGUUUUGCGUCUAUGAUGUUAUAUUAAAGUAUUCAAUGGUGGAUUUGGUUCAUUAACUUUUUCAAAAUACAUUUUAUUUGUCUAAAUUAAUGUCGGUUGAGGAGAUGACUUGUCCGAUGGUAUCUUUUAGCGACAAUAGAUGGCGUCGUUCCCAAUGUAAAGAUUUUUUUCCACCGUUUAGAAUCCAUGUACUUGAUUUUUCCGCUUGCAACAUAAUAUUAUUAAUUUUAUUCAUUUAUAUGAUUAUAUAUUUUAGUUUUCUAAAUAUGUCUUUAUUUGGUCGAAAUUAAAAAAAGCGAUUAGCUUUGUACCAUUUUGUGGUAGUGAAACUUCAUCUUUAGGAUUGAAGACAAAGUUUCGAAAUAUAGUUUACAAUAUUGUUUCGUAUUCGUGGUCUCAAUUUGUUGUAAGUUCUCAAAAUGUUCAGCAGAUGCAAAUACUACGUAAUUUUUUUGUACAAAUUUCAGAUCAUCUGAUUUUUUUUAUUUGAUUUGUAUAAACAGUAAUUUUUAUCUUGAUUAAAAAUAAAAUGUUAAAUUCGUCGUAGUUUUGAAUGACAGUAAUAUACGUCAGCUGCAAAGGAUUUAUCGCAAGGCUGGUCCCAGCGUUUGAAGGAUUUAGGUAUAGAGCAGUGGUUCCCAAAGUUUUCUGGGCUACGACCCAUCUAAUACAAGUUCCCGAACUCGUGACCCAGUUCUAGGAAAUUGAACCGUUACCAAUAUCAAAAAAGGACUUUUCAAAUAACAAACAAAGUUUAAAUACAAUUUUUUAUUACUGAAUUAUAUAAAUACAUCGAACAAGUUAUUUCAAUGGGAUGAAUGAAAUUGUUUUCU